AUGUGCCUCAAGACAUCACCUCUAAUUCCCAUUGGAUCUUUAACGAUUAACAAAGAAGAACUAAGUCCAGAAUCGAGAGUAUGGGCUUCGGAUAAUCUCGAAGGGUGGAAAAGGUUUCGUUCUUUGUCAAGUGGCUCAGACAUCAACCAUCACGACACUUAUCUACCCAACGAUCUGGAGGUCAAGUUGACAAAGAUAAAACGACUCAAACAACACUUCGACUUGUGUCAAAAGUCCUGGGUGAGACUUGAAUUCAAUGUCAGCAAUCAAUAUUCCGAUCGAGGCACUUUGAGGCUAUACUUCCUCCCGGAUGACGCGCUGCGCCGCACCGUCAAUCGAUCAGAUCGGUCCUUGCUCAGAUCUAGAGACAAAAUCCUCGAUCAAUUGAACUACUCUCAAGAAGCAUGGAACGGAAACACUGAUGCUAAAUGGCUGCACAGGUCGCACAUCUGCACGUCUAUCAACUUGAAAAGCGACCAGGAAGAAGGCAUAUCCCUUCUUCAGCUCUUUAACAACAUCCCAUCACCUGCGCCUGAAAUUAACUUUGUCGAGAAUCUCUAUGACAGAUCAGUCAUCCGCAAUCUUUUGAACGGCACAAUUGUGGGCUUGAAUUCAGAGCUGUAUCCUUACCAACGGAGGUCGGCAGCGUUGAUGUUGCAAAAAGAGGUUCAACCGGAGCAGAUUCUCGACCCCCGAUUACUUCAAAUCCAGGACCAAGAAGGCGGAUCUUGGUACUUUGACCCAGUCUCCAGUACAAUCUUGAAGGAUCCACGCUAUUAUGAUGGCGUUUGUGGUGGCAUUCUCGCCGAAGAGAUGGGUGCCGGCAAAACCAUCAUCUGCCUCGCACUCAUUCUUGCUACUAGAGAUCUACCGGCACAGCCUCCUGAGCAUUUAAGCGUUGGGGAUCGUCCAGUAAGGAAGGGCUUGGCUUCUCUAGCAGACAUGGCCGCUUCCUGUGCUACAAGACACUCGGUCCCAUGGAAACCCUGGUUCGGCCUUCUCAAGGCACAGUCGGGCCACGAAUACACACGAUGUAUUCAAGCACUCGAACAAAACCCUGGUCAUUACUUUGUUCCGCCACCAAAGACACGGCGAACCGCAAGACGUUCUGCCGGGACAGUUGAACUGUCCAAGAAGCAGGUUUAUCUCAGCAAUGGAAGCAUCGUCGUAGUACCUUCCAACCUGCUAGCGCAGUGGAAGCAGGAGAUUAAAAAACAUACCGAGGAUUUGAGGGUUCUGGUAAUGGAAGGGCACGAUCACUUGCCACCGCCAAAAGUUCUGCUAGAGUACGACAUGAUUCUAUUUUCUCAGUCUCGACUAGAAGCACUGAAAAGACAAGCAGGGGGGGUCGAUGCCUCUCCGUUGUCACAGGUUCAUUUCAAACGAUGCAUCGUUGACGAGGGACACAAGCUUGGUAAUUCCAGAAUAAGUGGCAAGAGUGAUAUGCUGCUGGUUUUGGAAUCCCUACAUGUCUCGUCGCGGUGGAUUGUGACUGGUACCCCGUCUCAUGGUUUGUACGGAGUAGAUGCUCAAAAGAGGGCCAGUGAAUCAAAUGGUGUACAACGCGAGGACAGCAUCUCGACAGAAGCUGACGCGAAUGAGAGCCACUCUGAUCUCGAGAUGGAAACGAAAGAUUUGACAAGAAUAGGCGCGAUUGCAGCGCUCUAUCUUAAAGCUCGACCCUGGGCGAACACCUCUCUGGAACCUGGGGAUACUACAGCGGAUUGGGCCAAGUAUAUGCUGCUUCCAAAGCACAAAUCGACUGGGCAAGGUCGUUGGGACAUCUUGAGAUCUACCUUGAACUCCCUCAUCAUCAGGCACCGCCUCGCAGAAGUUGGCGAUUUAUUACCUCCCGUGAACGAAAAAUUGGUCGUUUUAGAGGGUUCGUACCAAGAUCAAAUGUCACUCAACAUAUUCUCGAUGAUGAUCAUCUUCAACGCCGUACAAUCUCAGCGAACCGACAUGGACUACUUCUUCCACGCCAAGCAGCGGAAAGCACUGAUGCAGGUUGUUCAAAAUCUCAAGCAAGCAAGCUUCUUUGGUGGUUCUUUCUAUUCGCGGCGAGAUAUUGUGAAAGCUGUCGAGACUGCUGAAGGGUUCCUCCAGGAAAAGAAAAUCCCCAUCAGCGAUAAAGAUCACUGCCUCCUUGAGCAAGCCAUACAGUUUGGCCAUGUCGUAAUAGACAACAAGCUCAAGGCGCUGGGUAAUCAAUUUCACGAGAUGCCAGUAUUCGUCAAGGGCAUACCGCAAAGUCUCAGCUCGUCUUGGUCACUGGAUGGUGACACAGGAGAUGGCAUGUGUAGCUCAUCAAACAUGCUAGUGGCCCUUCAGAAACUCGUCUACAAAUCGGUGUCAAAGCCUGACAAGUUCAACUCACUGCUCAACGGCCAGCUAGCCCAAGAGGGAGUUAUGGAGAGAGAGCGCAUGCUUGCGUCGGAUGAUCCAGAAAUGAAUUCGCAAACACUGGCUGGAAAUACGAAACUAGGAAAUGACCAGCACCCAAGCAUACGUGCUCGGAGUACGAAGGAUGCAAAGCCUGAAGCUGAGGCCAUCCUUGAUGGUGCUCUUGGGCCUUUAGAAGAAGCAAGAAUAACGUCUACUGCAUCCAUAAAGCUUUCGUAUCUGAUUGACAAUAUUCUGAGAUACCAGGAAGACGAAAAGAUACUCAUCUUCUAUGAAAAUGACAAUAUUGCAUGGUACCUAGCGGGUAUGCUUGAAGUUGCAGCUUUUGGUCUGGACAUGAGAGAGGCAUCGAGGAUAUUCUUUAUCAGUCCAGUACUCAAUCCACAGGUGGAAGCGCAGGCCAUUGGUCGUGCGCGUCGCAUUAGUCAGAAAAAGGCGGUAUUCGUUGAGACAUUGGUGUUGAAGGACAGCAUAGAAGAGGUGAUAUUGGAACGAAAACAACACAUGACGCAGGCGGAACACCACCGAGUGCAAUCGAUUCUGGACGUUGGUCCGAUCUACAACUGGAUCAAGAACGCACGAAUCAACCCAAUGCCGAUGGCUGAAGGCGAACUCAGCAAAGAAGGUCAGAUGGCACCUCUCGGCACGCCUCAGUACAUCUUCAGAAGGGGAUUCGGGCGCACUAUGCACCCUGACGAAGGAUUGGUAUUGGAUGACUCCCCCACAAAGAAUACAAGCGAUGCAGGGAUGAUUCUCGGAAGUCUUGAGAUGACGAAUGGACCCAAGCGGACAUCGCAAUCCGACAAAGUUACAAUUGGCGAGCAUCAUAAUGAAGGCACAGCUUCGUCAAGCACCACAAGCGAUAUCGCCGCGCGUCCAUCGAAAAGAGUGCGCUUUGCCGGCAGUUCAGAGGAAGAUUAA